UUAAAUUGCAUUUGUACUUUGCUUACUAGGAGUUCCCAUGGAAGCAAGAACUCACAUAGCCCUCGUCUCUAUCCCUGCCUUAAGCCACCAAGUUUCAAUCCUUGAAUUUGCCAAGCGACUCGUUCAUCUCCACCAAGACAAUUUCCAAGUCACAUGCAUCAUCCCCACACUCAGUAAUUCACCUACCAUUGCCUCCAAACCCUUCUUUAAUGCUCUCCCCACAAGCAUACAGUGCAUUUUCCUACCUCCAGUGAACGUUAAAAAUGGUAAUGACCCGCUUGAAACUCAACUUCAGAUUGCGAUUUCUGACGCCAUGCCGUCGGUGCGUGAAGCGUUGAGGUCACUCGCUUCUAGCUCCAAGGUGGUUGCUCUGGUUGUUGAUGCGUUUGCACAUGAAGCUAUGGAGUUUGGUAAGGAAUUGAACAUGUUGUCUUACAUCUACUUUCCAUGUUCGAUCAUGAUGUUAUCGCUGGGCCUGCACUCGUCAAAGCUGGAUGAAACUGUUUCUUGUGAGUAUAGAGAUCAUCCCCAACCCAUAGAGAUUCCUGGUUGCAUAUCUGUUCAUGGCAAAGACCUCCCAAAUAGUAUUCAGAACAGGUCAAGUCCAGCAUACAAGUUCUACCUUCGCCGCUGCCAACAACUUCACAUAACAGAUGGUAUCCUAGUUAAUAGCUUCACAGAAAUGGAACCAGAAGCCAUGAAAGCAAUAUCCCAAAACGGUAAUGGUGCCCCACAAGUACAUCCAAUUGGGCCUAUCACACAAACCUGGUCCAACAACAAUAAAAACUGCUCAGAGUGUUUACUAUGGCUGGGCCAACAACCACCAAAAUCAGUUCUCUAUGUCUCAUUUGGAAGUGGGGGCACACUUUCCCAAGAUCAGAUCAAUGAGCUUGCAUUGGGAUUGGAAUUGAGCAGGAAAAAAUUCUUAUGGGUUAAUGUGAGAGCACCAAAUGAUAGUGCCACAGCUAGUUACCUGAGUGAUGAUAAUGAACUUUCUGACCCUUUGCAAUUUCUACCUCCAGGAUUCUUAGAGAGAACAAAAGGACAGGGUUUUGUUAUGUCUGGUUGGGCACCACAGAGUGCGAUCCUUAGUCAUGGUUCCAUUGGUGCUUUCUUAACUCACUGUGGUUGGAAUUCGAUUCUGGAGAGUGUUGUCCAUGGAGUGCCGAUGAUUGCAUGGCCAUUGUUUGCUGAACAGAGAUUGAAUGCUGCUUUGGUUACUGAUGGCUUGAAAAUUGCUUUGAGGGUGAAAAUUGGUGGCAAUGGUGUGGUGGUGAAGGAGGAGAUUGUUGGUCUUGUAAAGGGUGUAAUGGAGGGUUUGGAUGGUGGAGAAAUAUGGAAGAGGGUGAAAGAACUGCAAGGGUUUGCUGCUUGUGCGAUGAUGGAAGAUGGGUCGUCUACAAAGACACUGUCUAAGUUGGCUAUCAAAUGGAAAAGUUUGGGCACAAUCACACAAGACUAAACAUUCUGGUAUGGGAGUUAAGUCUUUUUUUUUUGAAAUGGUGGUAUGGGAGUUAAGUCAAAUGGAAAAGUUUGGGCACAAUCACACAAGACUAAACAUUCUGGUAUGGGAGUUAUGUCUUCUUUUUUUUUGAAAUGGUGGUAUGGGAGUUAAGUCGAGUGUAGACUACUUUAGUGAUUUGGUCCAAUAAAAUUAAGCUGAUAUGAUAUGUUUACUCUUUAAUGAUGCUUUACAUUCUCAUUUAUUUUAUUUAUUAAUUUAUUUCCAACUCAUUUAUUUUCA